CAAAGUCACCUUUUGUCAACCAUUAACCCAUGUUACUGCAAGAAACGGGAAAGUGAAAGCACAAUGAAAUAUAUAGGGAGUGGGCAAGAAAAAUGACUUUCGUGUUGACUAACUAUUCUAUUUGCUUUCUCAUUUUACGGUAGAAUUUAAAUGCACGGGAUGUAUGUUGGAUGGUCAUGAAUCUAUAGGAUCAUCGGAGGAUCCCUAAAGUGAGGAUACAUUUGAUGUUUACGACCGUUGGAAAUCGAGGCACCAUGCACUUAGGGUUGUGUCUGAGGGUGCUGAUACUGGCUACUCUCACAGUUCCCAUCAGAGCUGCUCAACCUGCCCAGGAGACAUUCACCUUAACUGUCCCUGAUGGUCCAACUUCAACCCUGUCUGGCUCCUCUGUCUCUCUACUCUGUGAACUCUCACCUAUCUUCAAUGUGGAGCCAAUGGAGGUGCGCUGGUACCGUUCCAGUAACUCCCACAGUCCUGCCUUGUUGUACAAAGAUCACAAGAUCCAGGAGGCCCCGAUGGACCCUCAGUACAGGGGCAGGGUGUCUCUAACUGGGGGGAUGGAGAGAGGGAAUGUUUCCCUGACACUGGAGAGGGUCACACUGGAAGACAGGGGGGAGUAUGUGUGCCAAGUCAGCAGUGAACAGUGGUAUGAAAAGGCCAGUGUCUUCCUCACAGUGAAUGUAACAGGUAGUGAACCAGUUCUCUCUGUUGCUGAAGCAAGAGGAGGAGGAGGUCAGAUGAACGUUACCUGUUCAUCAGAGGGAUGGUCACCACAACCUAAACUCACCUGGAGAAACAAAGAGGGGACAGAGAUCAGAAAUGAACAAGAAGUGCUCAACACUUCUGAUCCCCAUGGCUUGGUGAGUGUCAGUAGUUGGCUGCUGUAUGCUUCCUCAUACUCCGAUUGGCUCGCCUGUACAGUCUCUCUGUCUGAGGAGGCGAAGAGAGAGGGCAGAAUUCUGCCACAUACAGCUGUACCUGGAGUCUACAAAGAGGCCUUCAUUGUGACUCUGAUCCUGUCUCUGGUCAUCAUCUGUGCUCUGUGCUCUGUCAUCCUGUGCAAACGAAGAGGGUCCAUGUGGUCUUCAUCCCAAAAGUCCAGAAACCGUUCAGAUCAAACUGAGCUGGGACAGAGGCCGGCAGAGACAGAACACCUAAUUGAAGGGGCAGUAAACACAGUGCAGACACCUACUGAACAGAGACCAUCUGGAAAUGAUGUUAAUCUGGAAGGGGCAGAAAACACAGUCCUGACACCUACUGAACAGAGGGCAGCUGGAAAAGAAUUCAAUUUGGAAGGGGCAGUAAACACAGUGCAGACACCUGCUGAACAGAGAGCAGCUGGAAAUGAUGUUCAUCUGGAAGGGGCAGAAAACGCAGUGCUGACACCUACUGAACAGGCAGCUGCUGGAAAAGAUUUGAAUCUGGAAGGGGCAGAAAACACAGUGCUGACACCUACUGAACAGAGAGCAGCUGGAAAAGAAUUCAAUUUGGAAGGGGCAGUAAACACAGUGCAGACACCUACUGAACAGAGAGCAGCUGGAAAAGAUGUUCAUCUGAAAGGGGCAGAAAACACUUUGCUGACACCUACUGAACAGAGAGCAGCUGGAAAUGAUGUUCAUCUGGAAGGGGCAGAGAACACAGUGCAGACACCUACUGAACAGAGAGCAGCUGGAAAAGAAGUUAAUCUGAAAGAUUGGCACCAGGUGAAAGGAUUCAAAGUUCCCCCAGAGAACAUCAUUCUGGAUGAAAAGACUGCGCACCCUGCUAUUAGAGUCAAUCAAGGAAAGCGGGCUUGUUACAUUAAAGAAAAAGAUACGGAGAAACCCUCUGUUAGAACGCAUCUCCAUGUGUUUUCUAAAGAGAGUUUCAGUUCAGGACAACACUAUUGGGAAGUGAAGGUAAAGGAUUCAUCAACAGAAAAACUGUCAUGGUAUGUUGGUGUGGCCAGAGAAAAUGUUGAGAGAAGACCUACUGUUCCUUUAACUCCACAGAAUGGAUUUUGGAUUCUUUCUUAUGAUAAAGAAAAAGGUUUCCAAGUCAAUACCGACCCUCAACCACCAAUAACUGUGGCAGAGCUCACUAUUGUGGGAGUGUUUCUAGACUGUGACAGACACACUCUGUCUUUUUAUAAUGUUGAUACAAAGUCACUUCUUUACACUUUUACUGAUGUGAAGACAUCCAACUACUUUCCUGUGUUCAGCCCGGGACAGCGUGACAAAUACACAAUAAGAAUAAUUUGAAAGCAUACCCAAACCCCUUUCACACCACUGAGUCAAGUUGAGCUGUACUGCGCUGGCCUGGUUAAGCAUCCAGUGUAGUUGCGGUGGCUGUGCUGGAAAGGACAAUGUGAAAGGAAAAUAUCAGGGGCUGCACAGUGUCGGUUGGGUCAGCACGAUAGUGUGAAAAGGGUCUGAGAUGGAGGUGAAAUUCAUGUCAAAUGAGACAUGCAUUGAGCACAUUUUGUGUUCAGUGAUUCUCAGUUGUAAAUGUGUGUAUUUUUUUCCCCAUGGAUAGUUGAACAAACCCAAUUGGAAAAUGAAUGGAGUUUUGAUAUGUUUUUGGGAUAAAUGUUGAAAAUAGGGUCUGUGGUAAACACAGGCUUAGGAGCUAAUCGUCAUCAGCUAACGUCACUUAGAUUUUUUUGAAAGCAUUUAUGUAAUUAGAAAAAACACAAAAGGCUACAUUCAUAACGUUCCUAUUAACUGUUGGAUAUUAUCUCAGAUCAAAAUGUAUAACAUCCCCUAAGCCUGUGUUAACCUCAGAUGCUAUUUUGCAUUUUUCCCAAAAACCCUAUUCUUUCCCCCUAAGAAUGGCUGAAUGAACCAAAGCUUACUCAAACAAAUCUUUUACGACUAAAAAUUGCAGUUUUAUAUAAUCAACCAAAUAUCUUUGACUUUUUUCUAUCUGUAGCUAGAUUAUGAAUGUAUACUGUGAAGCUACUCUUAGUACAAGUUAGCAAUAUACUUUGCAUUCUUCAGUUCUGUUAAAAUGUUGUCCCAAUUAAUAAAUAAAAUAAAUCUGUUGAUAAA